AUGGGCGGUAGUCGUCGGAUGAACACACAGGGCCCUCCCCCGUCCCUACAUGAAUCAAAGAUUUCAACUCUUAAACGGCAAGGGCCAUCAGAUAUCUACGAUACCCACCUUCAAGAUGGAAAGAAGCGGCGCAAGGAGAACAAAAACCACGGCAGACAGGGAAAGCCGCCUCAUAAUCCCGGUGCUACGUCCAAGGAGUUUGGAGUCAAAAGGGAUGGAAGAAAGGUACUGUCAAAUUCGAUUCCAGAGAAAUUGGUCGAAUCCCGCCUGGCCUCCCAUAGUGGUUUAGAGGGCCUGCUGCGGCCUGAGUUCGAAGAUCCGGACGGCGCCAGCGAUUGUCGUGAUGACGCUGUAACAAUUUCACAUCGUUCGGAUAGUGACCGGGGUUUGGAUUCAGCCUUUGACUCUGAAGAGGAUCAGCCGCGCGAGGCCAUCUUCUCGGAAGACGAAGCUAUCUCUUCUACGGAGGAAAAGCUUACUACUGCGAAUAUUGAAGGCAUGUCAAGGAAAUUGGAUAUGGAGGCAGAAGUUGUGGAGGAGCAAGCCCGAUUAGAACUCAAUGAGUCUGCCAUCCAAUCCAAUAUCGCGGGUCAUACCGUGGACGUAUUUGAGGAGGAUGGCCAGGCGCAGAAACAGACGGGAAUGGCUCCCGACCUCCAGCUCCUCCGGACUCGCAUUGCAGAGACGACACGCAUACUUGGAGAUCUACCCUCACUUGGGGAACCCAGCAAAUCCCGAGCAGACUAUACAAACCUUCUCCUUUCCGACAUCUGCACCUACUACGGUUACACCCCAUUCUUGGCUGAAAAACUGUUCAAGCUUUUCACACCCCGCGAGGCAUUUGCCUUUUUCGAAGCCAACGAAUCUCCACGUCCUGUUGUCAUUAGGACAAACACCCUGCGCACGAAUCGGCGCUCGCUGGCCCAAGCCCUGAUCAACCGCGGUGUCGUCCUUGAACCUGUCGGCAAAUGGUCGAAGGUUGGUUUGCAAAUAUUCGAAUCUGCGAUACCAUUGGGUGCUACACCCGAAUAUCUCGCUGGCCACUACAUCCUCCAAGCUGCAUCGUCUUUCCUUCCCGUCAUGGCGUUGGCUCCGCAACCAAAUGAGCGAGUUCUCGAUAUGGCCGCUGCGCCCGGCGGUAAAACCACAUACAUAUCAGCGUUGAUGCGAAACACUGGAUGUGUUCUUGCGAAUGACGCAAGCAAACCCCGUGCUAAGGGUUUGAUUGGUAAUAUCCACCGUCUCGGAUGCAAGAACACAAUCAUCUCGAAUCUCGAUGCAAGACAGGCCUUUCCCAAAAUCCUCGGUGGCUUCGAUCGUGUAUUACUUGACGCUCCUUGUUCGGGAACGGGUGUCAUUUCAAAGGAUCCCAACAUCAAAACCUCAAAAUCUGAACGCGAUUUUCUCGCGUUACCGCAUAUGCAAAAGCAGCUCCUCCUGGCCGCAAUAGAUUCAACUAAUCACCUGUCUAAAACAGGUGGUUAUAUCGUGUACUCUACUUGCAGUGUCACAGUAGAAGAGAACGAAGCGGUUGUACAAUAUGCCCUCCGCAAUCGACCAAAUGUCAAGAUCGUGGAUACUGGCUUGGGGAAUUUUGGAACUCCAGGCUUUAAGAGUUACAUGGGGAAAAAGUUCGACGAUAAAAUGUCGCUGUCGAGGCGCUACUUUCCCCAUAAGGAGAACGUAGAUGGUUUCUACGUUUGCAAAUUGAAGAAGACAGGGCCAAGCCCUUCAUCGAACAAAUCGGCAGGUAAAUCAAACUUGAAAAGCUCAAACCUCAUGAUCGACGAUGUGGAUGAGAUGGUUGAUAGAACUCCUAUUAUUGAUGAGGGAAAGGAGAAGCAGAUAGGAGACGAAGCUUUCGGGCCUUUUGAAGCGGAAGAAGACGAAACAUACAUCGCAAGAGCGAAGCGAAACAAGUUAAAAUCACUGCUUCUUGCUAAGCUUGCAUUCCCAGUUCUACAAAUUCACCCAAGUGUCUAUUCACUAGAUCCCCAGGCAUCGCACGAUUUUAUCAAGGGCCUUGUUUUUGUCAAGUUGUUCUAUGCUCUAGAGUCUAAUGGGAUGACCCGCCAUUCAGAACUGACUUUGCAUCACAAUCAAGACUACAUCUAA